UUGGUAGGCUAUCUUCUCCUUCUUCUUAAUCUUGGGCAAUCUUGACUAUCCUGUAAUUAAAGAAUAUGUCUCUUCAGUUAACCUGCAUUUUAAAUAUUCUGUUGUAUGAUCGAAACAUUCUUGAUGCCCUUUAUUUGAAAAGAAGUUAGAAUUUAUCUUUUUGAUUUGGUAGGCUGGGAAAAAGGGUGAUUAUGAAAUCUUCAAGGGGGGGUGUUAAAAGGGAGAUGGUAGAAAGCGAGAAAGAGAUAGAAAAUUGCAAUUUUAAGAGAGAAUUUUGCUGGGAAUGAGCUGAAUUAUCAACGCACCGCUUAGAGUUCAAUGUGGAGUUUAAGAUUGAACUAGUUUUGGAAUUUUAGUUGCUUUUUAGGAAUUCAAUUUAUAGUUCUAAGUUGGAAGAUAAAAGGAGAAGUCCCGUUUAAGAAAAGCUACUGAGUUCCUGUAAAAGGUUUAAUGACUUAUCUUUUGAUAUGAAAUGGAUUGUAAAUGAGCGGAUUUGCAGUUGAUGGUAGAUCCGAGUAAGAGGAGGAACUGAAUUCUUUAGAUGCAGAUUUGCAUGUUUAAACGGUGUAGGAAGGAUGGUAUCUGGCUUUGAAGAUUGCCAAGGGCAAUAGCCUAGGGAUUUUAGGUGCAAUUCCUAUUUUUGUGUGUGAUAUUAACGACGCUUUUUGAUUCUUGCAUGAGUUAUUAGAACAAGAAAACAUGAAUAACUAUCUGAAGAAAAAUCGGUUCUUACCAGGUUGAUAUAGAAAACAAGACUGUGGAGGAUGAGAGGUUGCUUGUGUUAUGUUUAGGAAAGAAGUUUGUCAUAACAGGCUUGUAAUAUGAUGACCAAUAUGUAUUUUUAGGCUUAUGAUAAACCAAUACUUUCUUUUUUAUCAAAUUCCGACUCUCCAAACGGCUAAUGGUACUAAAUGUUAAUUAGCUGUCAAACCAUCUUAGCAAUAAACUUGACGUGUUGCACAUUUCUAUUAUGGAAAAAAUUUUGGAUCAAUCAGACAAAGUUUUUGGGUGCUUACUGCUUCAGGGGAAAAGUUGUUUCCAGUCAAUUAAGAUUGUGCCUAAAUUCUGCACUGAAAUGACCUGUGUCAGUUUUGAGGAAAAUCUGUUCAAAGAAAUGCUAGAGAAUGCAUCAUUUUAGUAUGUUGCACUUCUGCAUCUUUGUAUAGUGUAAUGUGAUACCAAUAGUGUGGACAACUGAACACUGUUAUGCUUUUUCCUACGUAAUCUUUUUUUGUUCUUUGGCUAUUGUAAUCUCAAAUAGUGUCUUUCUAUUUGAUCCUUUUUGCUGGUUAUACUCUUCAAUCUUUGGUAUUGGCAGUCAUUUGUCCAUUCUUAUCUCAGGUAGAAUUCCUCGUACUGCUUUUCACCAUUGCAAAGUUCAACUUUUUGUUCCAGUAAUUUGUCACUUUUUCCCACUUUCAUUCAUUCCUUGUCACUUGUUCCAGUAAUUUGUCACUUGUUCCAGUAAUUUGUCACUUUUUCCCUUUUCCUUUUCCAAGCCUCUAUGUGUGUGUGUGUCUCUGUGUGCCUGAAUGAAGACGAGUUGGAAAAGGAAAAGGAAAAGAAACCAAUAAAUAAAGCCCUAGAGGCCAUUAAACAGUUUAAUGUAUUUGUGUGUAUGGCUGUCAGUCAUCACUGGCUAAAGGACUCCUACCACGGGAUUCCUUUAUUAUUUUUAUGGACUGUAUUUCUGUAGAUCACUAGAUUGAUUAACUUGUGUAGAUCCCUUCUGUGACAUUGAAUAUCAUCCAUGUCAAUUAAUUUAUAUUUGAUGACUUUUGCUUGCCCAGUUGCCUUAAUAGUGCUUAACUGAUGGCAAACAGGACUUUGAUUGUUUGGGUGGCAGCUAGAUGCACAGGGUAGUAUAGUUAAUUUGUAACUUUCCUCUCUCGACAAUUGAGGAUUCAUAAUCAAACUCUGCUAGUUCUAUAUAUCAAACAUAUUUCUGGACUUAAAUCUAGCCUGCCGUAAGUAGAAUUAGCAUUUGGUUGUGCACAAGAAUAGGGGAGGCAGAUCAUUCUAAGAUACUUGGAUACAGACUAUUCAAGUACUGAAGUACUUCAUUCAACUUUUUGAAUAUAAGAAAAGCCAUGGGAUUCCCUUAGUAGUCAUCACCAGCAAGAGUAUAUGUACACCAUCAUGUUAUUUGGCUGUAGCUGUAUGAAACAGUUUAUGUGUUUACAAUGUAUCUGCAAAAACUUUAUUGACUGUAAAGUUGUGAUUUAAAAUGAAUAAUGGUUUGACUUCUUUUAGUCCAUGUCAAAUUUUGACGUGUAAGCAGGCAAAAAUAUUGGACAGAAGUAUUGUGGAUAGCCUUGUGUAGACCAACCAAUAUUGGAGCUGUUAUAAUGCAUUUGCAUGACUGUGAUAGCAAGAAGCAUUAGGCAUCUCUUCUGUCAGAGUCUCGUCCCUUCACCUUAGAGGUUCAGUGAUUUUUAGUUGUUGCCUAGAAAGUUGUCAGAAUGGUGGAUUUCCAAGCAAAUGUUCUUUCCUGUCUCACGAUCUCUCUUGGCUUCCUCUCACUAAUAUACUUCAUCUUUCGGAAAUACUCUUCUCCACCCAAGUGUGCUCCAUCUCCUCAGUCAUACCCUCUGGUUGGAAAUAUCAUUGGCUUCCUCCUCAACUGCCACCGCUUCCAUGAUUGGGUUGCUGAAAUGCUUUCGUGCACUCCAGAUCUUACUCUUCAGGUCAAUGGCUUCCUUGGCCUUUCUCAUGGCAUUUGCACUGCCAACCCUGUCAAUCUUGACCAUAUUCUUCGCUCCAAUUUUUCUAAUUAUGUGAAAGGCUCCCGUUUCCAUAAUGUACUACAAGAUCUUCUUGGCGAUGGCAUCUUCAAAGUUGAUGGUGAACUCUGGUCUUCACAACGCAAAAUUGCCAGCCAUGAGUUUAACACCAAAUCUCUCAAGCAUUUCAUCUCAAGCACUGUCCAAGGUCAAAUUUCAAACCGCUUGAUUCCAUACCUAUCCUUCGCAUGUGAUAAGGAAGAAGUCAUCGAUUUACAAGAGGUUUUUCGCAGGUUUGCAUUCGAUAACAUAUGCAACAUUGCAUUUGGUGUUGACCCUGCAUGGCUAGACUUGAACAAGGUUGAUCACAACUCACGGAAUUUGUCAUUUGUCUGUGCAUUUGAUCAUGCCGUUGAGGUUAGUUCAGACAGGUUUAUGUCACCUUUACCGGCAUUAUGGAAGAUGAAGAGGCUUCUGAAUAUUGGUAGUGAAAAACAAUACAAUGAAGACAUUCAAGUAAUAAAUGAUUAUGCCAUGGAUAUUAUACGAUCCAAAGAGAAAAUGCACCUGAACCAAGAGGGAAAUGGGCUGGGACAGAAUCAAGAUUUGUUAUCUAGGUUUAUGGAUUCAGUGUCAAAUCUUGGAUUUCAUAAUCAAGAUGAAAAGAGGAAGUUCUUGAGAGAUAUAGUGAUCAGCUUCAUACUUGCAGGUAAAGACUCGACCUCAACAGCAUUGACUUGGUUUUUCUGGUUAAUUUCUGGCCAUCCUCAGUAUGAGCAGUUGAUCUACAGUGAACUGCUGGCCACAAUUGCAACAUCUCCAGAGAAAGCACCAGAAAGUUUAAGCUAUGAUGAGCUUAAGAAGCUCCAUUUCCUACGUGCAACCAUCUCAGAAUCAUUACGGCUCUUCCCACCAGUGCCAAUCAAUUCAAGAUUAACUGUAUCUAACGACACCCUGAGUACAGGGACUUUCGUGGGAAAAGGGUGGUUUGCUGAUUACUCAGCUUAUGCAGCAGGGAGGAUGGAGAGGCUGUGGGGUCCUGAUUGUCGGGAGUUCAGGCCUGAGAGAUGGUUGGAUGAAGAUGGUGUAUUCCAGCCCUGUGAUCAAUUCAAAUUCCCAGUAUUUCAUUGUGGUCCUAGGAUGUGCUUGGGGAAGGACAUGGCUUACAUGCAAAUGAAAUCUGUUGCUGCAUCUGUUAUUUAUAGUUUUGAAGUUAAGGCUGUUGAUGGAGGUGGAUUACCAGAAAGGAUUUUUCAUCCACCUUACACAUUAUCCCUUCUCCUCAAGAUGCGUGGUGGAUUGCCUGUUAAGCUCAAGAAAAGGCAAUUGACAACCUCAAGUUGGACUCAGAAAUAGACCAUUUUACUAGAGAAAUUUUAGCAUGCAAGGUAACCAUCAACACAUGUACAUACCUGUUUGUUGCAAAACAAGUGAAACUAUUCUGUCAAUAAUAUAGGGGGGAAUAAUGUAUGAGAAGCUUGAUGUGUUUUUUACUUUCAAUUUUCUCAAUCCAAUUGUUGGCGGACCAAUUACUAAACACUUUAUCUUAUGAGGCUUGCUGGAAA